AUGAUACAUUUUGCGCGAUGGAUGGUGCCCGGCAACGGAAAGCCGCUGGCUGAUGCCCGGCAACGGCCUCCCGUUCAACACAAGAAACCUCCACGGAAACCGCAAUAUCCGCAAGCUGAAGAUAUAUGGUUCCUCGAAACAUCUGGUCGGCGGAAACUGAAGGCCAGAGAAGCCUGCAGCAUCGAGUCAGCCUGCCUGCACAAUAGCAACUACACCGUGCAUCUACUUUCCGUCGGAAACAUCAACUCCUCUUACUGUCCUUACCAUCGCGUGCUUUCGAAGCUGCCCAAUUUUCGGUCGGCCGCGCUCAGCGCGAGCACCGAACUGGCGGGGACUCCGUUGUCCCACUUGUACGCGAAAGGCGGACCACUGCACCGGAGCCCUUUCUUUACGGAACACCUGAGCGACUUUCUUCGUUACGCCGUGAUUUGGAAGCGUGGCGGCGUUUACUUGGAUACGGACGUGAUAGUUCUCAGGUCACUGAAAGGAUUACAAAACAGCAUUGUUUACGAGGUCGAUGGCAGACACGUGGCUAACGGCCUGCUCUUCUUCUCGAAGAAUCAUCCCGUUAUUGGAGCGAUUAUGCUUACGUGUUCACGCCAGUACCAAGCCGGAUGGUGGUCUACUUGCGGGCCUUGGUUGACGUCACAUCUACCUAAUCUCCCCGAAAUCUCUCGGUUCGUAAACUUUCUUCCAUCGUGGACGUUCUUAAAGUCUAAAUUCGACGACUGGCGAUGGUUCUUUGACCCCACAAAGGCCCAAAGCCUGCUAAGGGUGGUAAACAGCAGCUACGGCGCCCACUUUUGGAAUCGGGUGAGCAAGCAUACGAUUGUUAUGACCGGAUCUGGCAGCGCGAUGGACCUCCUGGCUCGUGCCCACUGCCCUGCGGUGUACAGUUUAGCCUCUUCUGUGGGAUACCUGUAA